AUGAAGACAGAACGGACGGACACUUUAACAUUUCAGCAGGCACCCAUUGAGCUGUGCAGCAUGGAUUCUGGCUCGUGGAUGAUUACAGAUUCACCAGUUAAUGAAUCUCCUUUUCCCAUGAUGCACGAAGACAAUAAUAAAACGGGGCGCUAUGUAUUUGAUGACUGUCUAGAAGGUGGUGCGCUUCGGAGUGGAAAUCUACCAAAUCUAUUUUCGCGAUAUUAUAUUGGACUCGUUGCUCAAUACGCUGGCGUAGGAUUUAUUGAUGGGGUGCUUCCCAAUGUCAUCUACCCUUUUUUGCAAAACUAUCUGAAUUUACCUGGAUCGCAGACUACCACAGCGUUCGCGCUCGUACAGAUGCCAUGGAGUUUUAAGGUUUUUUACGGUAUCAUUUCUGACUGCUAUCCGAUCUGGGGCUAUCGCCGGCGGCCAUACAUUCUCGCUGGUUGGGUGUUUGCGUUAGUCAUGCUCGUCAUACUGUCGCUCACACCCGAGGGUAAGCCUUACUUUACGGAUCCUGAGUACCGAAAUGUAAAGCCCGAAAACUACACGCCCGAGAUUAUUGCAACAAUCAACUAUGAUUCGGUAAACCACGGAAGUAUUUACAUUAUCUCAAUGAUGGCAUGCGCGUUUGGGUACAUGCUUUCAGACGUGUGCGCUGAUGGUCUCGUUGUUGAGUUGGCCCAGAGAGAGCCUCUUGAAGUGAGAGGCCAUACGCAGACGGUAGUAUAUACUACGCGGACAGUGUUCAAUGUGUUGGCCUACUUUCUUUUAGGUUUUUGCUUUAAUGGCGAGGAAUACGGUGGCGAUUUCGACUUUGCUCUAUCAUUUCCGAUGCUCAUGCUGAUCGUGACUAUUAUGCUAGCACCGAUAGUCCCAAUCACCUGGUUUUUCCUUCACGAGGAAAAAAGUAUCUAUGCAUCUACAAGUUUCGGCCACUACAUGCACACUUUUUGGGAAGUCAUUAAGACUCGAGCUGUGUACCAAUACAUCGGUUACCAGUUCUUCGCGGGUAUUUGUUCGUAUUUCACGUAUCUUUACAAGAAUCCAAUUAUGAGGAGCUGGGUCAACGUCUCACCUCUUGCCGAAAAGGUUGGAGCACUCUUAGCCACCUCCGUCUACGCUACAUCAAUUUGGUUCGCAGGCAAUUAUGGACGUAGUUGGGACUGGAGGCGCACGGCAAUAAUCACUAUGGUCUGCUAUGUAGCGCUGGAUGCUCUUUGCAAACUGCUGACCAUUUGGGAUAUCAUCCGCUCGCAAUAUUUCUGGCUCGGCAUUCCCAUCGUUGAACAAAUCCCGCUAGGUGUAGCAUUUAUCGUGAGCUCGUUUAUUAUUGUGGAGCUUGCCACUGUGGGGCACGAAGGUGCGAUGUAUGGCCUACUUACAACAGCCUACAACCUCACAAUUCCUUUUGCAACCGCCAUCACUCGUAACGUGGAUAGUAUGUUUGACCUGACAACGGAGCGGAUUCAAAACGACAGCACUGAUGUGCGCACUGAUGUGACCAUGACGGUAUUAAUCAUGUGGGCGGUCAACUUGUGCUCGCUUCUGUUUUUAGUAAUGUUGCCUCGACAAAAGGAACAAACUUGGGCUAUAAAGCAUUCAGGUGGCUCCAGCUCUUUCAUGGGUGCCGUGACGGUGUUGUAUCUGCUGUUUGCUUUUCUGUGGACAUUCACCACGAGUCUAUUGUGUAUCUUCGAGGCCACGUCUUGUCUUGUCAUCGCUGGUGGCAACGGCUGCGACGAACCAUCAGGUUCGUAA